AAUAGUCCAAAGCUAAAACUGCCAGCUAAAAACUACAUUUAACGACCAUUUAGCCGUUAAUGGAGGAAUUUAGCAAACAUUUCGGUGGCUGCCCUAAAUGAGAACUGCCGGAAGUAGUUCAGUCCGGCGGCCUUGGAGGAAGACGACAGGAGGAGGGCGAAAGAUUCCAAUCCAUGAGGAUGCUUCUGGAGAAGUGACUGUCAUGGAGAAAUCCCAAUUUCAGAAUCGAGGAGAUUGAGUAUUUGAUCUUAGCCAGGACAGAUCUUUGAGUGUUUUCCUUCCUUUUAAAGAUUCUUUCAUUCCGUUCUUCCCAUGUGUAGAGAGGCAGAUCUUCCGAACCAGAUCAUGCCUCCGCGGUACAAGAGUACAGCCAGGAGAUCUUCGGGGCCACAGCGACCCCGCAGACAUAUACGGCCCAGGAUAGAGAUGGUUGCCGAGCCAUCUCAUGUUCAGGCGGAGCCCGCACAGGCUACUCCCCCUCAGUUCCCAUCCCACGAGGCUGAAGAGGGAGCUGACCACAUGCCAUCUACAUCUCAGGCUCCUCCAGCCUUCACACCAUCACCUUCUCCUGUGCGCCAUCAGGCAGAUGCAGCCGCCAUGCCAUCACCGCAGCCACCUCUACUGGCUCAGCGCCGUGACCAGUUGCUGCCGAGAUAUGCAGCUAUGACCGUGGCUCAGGAGUCAUACUUCGAUACUGAGUACUUCUCCGAGUCUAUCCUGACCCGGUCUGGCUAUCAAGAUAUCAUGCAGCGGGGCCUCUCAGCCAUCUUUGCCCCAGUCACCGGCCUUGUAUACCCGCGACUGGUGCGGUUAUUCUUUCAGCAUCUCCGGCCCUCGCCACGAUCUACCGCAGAGAUGAUCACUACACUGGACGGCCACGAGAUUGUCAUCACAGUUGACACUCUGGCCCGUGUUUGCCGGUGCCCACACCGGUGUCCACCUGAGCUUGCAGAGACAUACCCGAGGCUGCAUAGGCCUUCAUUUUCUGACAUGGCUGUCUCCUUGACAGGCCAUCAUGCCGGUGGUCAGACAUUCGCCACCAGGACCUUCUUGCCUGACGACCUCUGAUUCAUUGACACAGUUCUUUUCCAGAACAUUUACAUGGCGGGCCACAAGAUCCAGAGGCGUCAUGACUACUUGACAGCUCUUUACGCUUUUUACACGGGCUGCUGGGUAUCUAUCCCAGUCCUCAUCUGGAGCGUGAUGAGGUUACUGUAUGAUUCUUUCAUUUCCAGGAAGGACCCUAAGCGGUCCAAGGUCCUGCCCUUCGGACACCUCAUCACGCAUAUCCUUCUUGACCAGCGCUACAGAGUGCCCCCAGAUGAGGAGCCCCUCACACGGUCCAGCUUCUAUAGGAGGAGCGACUGGAAUAAGAGCUACAAUGCUCUUAUUCGGAGUCUUCAGGAGCCAGCUGUAGAGGCAGCAGCUGAACUAGAGGAGGAGGAGGCAGCCCAGGCACAGCCGGCACCUCCAGCAGCAGCAGAUAUAGCAGCGGAUGACGCACCAGUCGGUCCGGCUACCGAUCGCAUGGACAUUGACCUGGAGCGACCUGCGGAGGAGUAUGCCGAUGCUGCAGAUGAUGCUGAUGCCGAUGAUACCAGUGAUCGAGCCGCUGCUCAGGAGCGAGUUCGGGAGUCUUCUUCAGAGGCAUCUCUGCCUGAGUCUCCAGUUCCCACUCCCGGAUUCGGAGCACGCUUGCAGACACUGGAGGAGGACGUAGCAGCCAUGCGAGCAGACAUCACUGCCCACCGAGCUGAGUUCACCUCUUUCAGGGCGGAUGUCAUGGCUUGCCAGCCGACUCCCUACACCUGCAUCCGCACCUGCACCUGCACCUCCAGCCACUAUAGAUCUUCACGAUCAGGCCUCCUGAGACUCCACUUCCAGUUGUUUUAUGCUUUCAUUUCUUUUAUUCUGGAUCUGUAUUAUACUGUCACUGUUACUGUAUUAUACUUUGCGGUCGGUCUGUCGGCUUUAUUAUUUUAUUGAUGUACCUGCACUUUAUAUUCUCUAUAUAUUGCUUUUUGAUUAUGGAUAUCU